AUGGUGGGGAUUACACAGCCGAAACCCGGAGAGCAUGUAAACGCAGAUGGAGUUUGGGAUUUAUUGCAAAAUAAGGGAAAGAUGACCGUCUUCUCAUUGUGCUUGCUCUUGUGCGCAGAUCUACUGGAUUUAGCCGUCGGUUAUUUGACAGUUACCAUAGAGCCCCUGCCUCCUGUUGUUGUGGGAGAGACUGUUACUCUCAAGUGUAACUUCAAAACUGACGGAAGGCUUCGAGAGAUUGUUUGGUACAGGGUCACAGAUGGAGGUACCAUCAAGCAGAAAAUCUUCACCUACGAUGCUAUGUUUAAUACCAAUUACUCUCACAUGGAGGACUACCGCAGACGUGAAGACCUCGUGUACCAAUCUACCGUCCGGCUCCCAGAGGUGCGGAUCUCAGACAACGGGCCUUAUGAAUGCCAUGUGGGAAUCUAUGACCGGGCAACGAGGGAGAAGGUUGUCCUGGCUUCAGGGAAUGUUUUUCUUACUGUUAUGUCACCUCCAAACAACAUAUCAGUGGUGGCAGAGAACACUCCAGCCCCAUUUAGUCGAUACCAAGCCCAGAAUUUCACUCUUGUCUGCACGGCAAAGGGAGGGAAGCCAGCCCCAUCGGUCUACUUCAAGCGUGAUGGUGAGCUGAUAGAGGUGAUCUCCUACACUCAACCCUCCACCGAGCAGGGAGGCUCAGCGGGGGUGAGAGGGGCGAGGCCACUCAUCAGUAGGGACCUCGAUGACACUAAGCUGCAGAGGUCCCUCUCCCUCCUGGACCCUGAAGGGCGGGCAGCCCGUCUGUACACAGAAAGCCCCCAGCGUGUCCACACUCAGGGCCAGCAGGCCUCUGAGCCCAGCCCUGCGACAGAGGUCAUCCCAGAGACAGUGGUGAGCCGGGAGUUCCCCCGCUGGGUGCACAGCACGGACCCUCUCUACUACUUCAGCCACACUCACAUCCCCCAGAGUGAUGGCUCUGUUGUGGUGCAGGCCCGACUCACCUGGACCCUAAACCCUCAGCUGGAUAAUGAUGCCCUAUUCAGCUGCGAGGUCAAGCAUCCAGCGUUGUCUAUGCCCAUGCAGACAGAGGUCACUCUGGCUGCUCCUAAGGGUCCUAAACUCUUCAUGUCCCCCGCCAGGGCUAAGGUAGGGGACACGGUGCGCAUCACUGUGCAAGGAUUCCAGGUAGGAUCUCCAGGGAAUGAGGUGUUCCCCGAACCCCUUUUCACCUGGACGCGGGUGGGGGGCCGCCUGCUGGACGGCAGUACCGAGCGAGAGGGGAAGGAGCUGAUUCUGGAACGAGUGCCAGCUGAGCUCAAUGGCUCCAUGUAUCGCUGCACGGCCCAAAAUCCUCUGGGCUCUACGGAUACGCACACUCGCCUCAUAGUCUUUGAAAAUCCAAGCAUGAUGAAAAACACACAGAAUCAAAACAAUGGAGCCUCCUGCAUGGACGUGCUCGGACUGACGUGGAUGGCACUUGUCCUCACAGUGACAGUGGAACUGACGUGA